AUGGAGAGUGCGAUCAAUGCUUACAUCAGCAGCUAUGAUAAGAUAGCACAACAAUACGUGAGUGUGAGGCACGAGAUACUAGCACUAUACAAUGAGAUCAACAAGCGGGCAGCAGAGGAUAACGCAGUGGACGCCUCAACCCGAUUACGUAUAGCUGAGCUUGAAGUAGAGUUCGAGCGGGUUGCUGCGGUUUAUGAGAGACACGUGGGGCAUUUGAACCAAGUGAUUGCAGCGCAGAACAAGACAGGAGGCAGUGGUAUGAUUCUUGAGGAAGUUGGACAGUUCCACCAGAAUAUAGAGCUGGAAGAACGCGAGUUGAGACAGGAGAUUCAGUACAUACAAAGCAUCAAGGGCACGGUUCUUGAGGACAUGAGAGAGCUUGUGAAGGAUGUUGACAUGAGUAUGAGAAGAGCAGGAGCAGCAACAGCGGUAGCAGCAGGUAACAGUAAUGCUAAACCACAAGUGUCUGUGGAAGCUCGUACAUUCAGUAGAGAUGAACUCAAGGAGUUGGUUGAUGAUAUUAAGCUUGAUGUCGGAGACUCUGACAUGGUGAUUUCGUUAGACCGGUAUUUGGAUGAACAGCUUGAGAAUGGACGGGCCUUUAAGAAGUGUGAUGGCAGCAGUGAUAUGUUUGAGUACGAUGCUCGUAGUUCAGUGAUGAGAGAAUCGGAUGUGAGUGUUUCUGGAGUGGAGUACGAUGCGAAAAUCAAUCAGAUGGUCAGAACGUUAUCGACAUUGAUUAGUGAGAAUGCCAGAGCCAAGGAGUCGUGGGCAGAGAACGCAAGGUUAAUGGAGGUGGUGAAUAGUGCGAUAGAAUCAAAGACAGAGUAG